AUGAAAACGAGCAGGAACAUUGUAGACUACGAUCUCGCUAGGUCCAAACGAAUCCGGCGCAAGCUCCCGAAAACCGGCACCACUAUUGCGGGCCUUACGUUCCGUGAUGGCGUCAUCAUUGCCACUCUGGUCGUUCAAAGAAGAUAUUUCGCCUGCACGAUAACAUCUAUGCAGCUGGAGCUGGCACCGCCAAUCAUAUAUGUAGAUGCCGUUGCACGUCUUCUUCGUGCACAGCUUAACCAUCUUCGGAUGACAAUGUGCACAGAAGUGCCAGUUGUGUGUGCUAAACAUAUAAUUAAAAGGCUGUUUUACCGCUUUAAGCACGUAAAGAGGAUGAACUGGAUAAUCGCCGGCGUAGACAGGGGUCGAGCCUCGAUUUAUAGUAUCCGUUUUAGCGGCGCCAGUAAUCCUGCCCCCUACGUAUCGCUGGGAUUGGGAGAACCGGGGGCUACUGCUACGCUAGAGUCGCGCUGGGAAGAAACCCUGGACGAAAAGGAAGCGACGCGUUUGACUAUUGAUGCGGUUCGCGCUGCCAUCCAGACCGAUCGUGGCACACAGAGACAAGACGGGUAGACCCCAUUUCUGCGUCAUCCGCAAUGACUACGUGGUAAGGCAGGGAUACAAGGUCGUCGUCGAGAUUGCCCACCGUAUACGGUACAAGAGGGUGUCGGGAAGUAGUUCACAAACAAUGGACAAAAAAAACCAAAUGAACAAAAAACAGUUUCAGCCGGAUUCGGUUAACUAAUAAAAUUGGGGAAACUUCAG